CCAGGGGUGACGUGACGUGACGUGACAAGACAAACCAAAUUCGCUCCUGUUAGCACCGAUUAGCAAGUUUGUUGACUUUCGCAUUUUCUCGGUCUUCCCUCAACAUCAGAGCAGUGACACGAAAAAUGGACAAUAGCGGGAAAGAAAAGGAAGCAAUGGCUUUAGUGGCCGAGGCUGACAAGAAAAUGAAAUCAUCAUCAUCGUUUUUCGGAGCGAUGUUUGGGGGUUCCUCCAAGACGGAAGAGGCCUGUGACAUGUAUGUGAGGGCAGCCAACAUGUACAAAAUGGCCAAAAAUUGGUGUGCCGCAGGAAACGCAUUCUCCCAGGCGGCUCGCCUGCACCUCCAGAUGCAGAGCAAACACGAUGCGGCAACUAACUUCAUAGAUGCUGGAAACGCCUUCAAAAAAGCAGAUCCACAAGAGGCCAUAAACUGCCUCAAUCGAGCUAUUGAGAUAUACACUGAUAUGGGGCGCUUCACCAUCGCAGCCAAACAUCACAUCACCAUUGCUGAAAUAUACGAGACUGAGAUGGUUGACAUCGACAAGGCCAUUGCUCAUUAUGAACAGGCAGCAGACUAUUACAAAGGGGAAGAAUCUACCAGUUCAGCAAACAAGUGCCUCCUGAAAGUAGCAACCUACGCGGCUCAGCUGGAGCAGUACCCGAAAGCCAUUGAGAUCUAUGAACAGGUUGGAACCCACGCGAUGGACAGUACACUCCUGAAAUACAGUGCCAAGGAUCACUUCUUCAAGGCGGCGCUCUGUCACUUCUGUGUGGACAUGCUGAAUGCAAAACUUGCUGUGCAGAAGUAUGAAGAGAUGUUUCCGGCCUUUUCAGACUCGCGGGAAUGCAAGCUGUUGAAGAAACUUCUAGAUGCCUAUGAAGAACAGAACGUGGAGGCCUAUACUGACGCGGUGAAGGAAUUCGACACCAUUUCACGGUUGGACCAGUGGCUCACCACCAUGCUUCUCCGCAUCAAGAAAACCAUACAAGACGAUGAGAGCGACCUUCGCUGACUUCCCUACCUGCUCGUGACCUCGAACCCUCAGCAACCGACUUGCAUCCUUCUUUUUUGCCUGGAGCCUCUCACUUCCAUUCUAGCAGCAAUCUAAAUAGUUUGACCGUUAGCCCCUUAUAUUCCCUCACAGAUGCUGCGUUUCUUUCCCACCAUCUGCAGUAUUUGUUCUUGCCUUUUUAAUCCGCUCAGCUCAAAAAUUAUUCAUUUAUAGGUAUGAAUACUAUGUUAGUUGUCUAUUGUUAUGAUCCAGGUUUUGGCCCAAUACUAAAUAAUAAUACCAGCACACUUGUGAAAUAAAGAUUAUAUUUAAUUUUUCUUGUUAUAAAAUGUUUGAGAGGAUGGCAAUUUAAUAAUGUGGAUCUAAAGAAUGUUUUCCCAGAAUGUGCUUGAGAAUGAAUAUAACUUACCAAAUGCCAAAAAUCACACUCAUUGGUCUUUGAUACUUUUGAGCACUCCGGUAUACUGUCGGUCAUAUCAGGGCACCUCUAAUUAACAGCACAAUAUCUCAGCGGCAGAGCUCCUCAAGCAGAGAGGUCAGGAGUUUCUGAGGUGAUUCCACGGCAAAUACGCACUUUGCCUUAUUCUGCGAAGUUCUCAGGAUGGGAGUUGCCAGAUUUGAGGAAAACCAUAAAAUAAUCUUGCUUUUAGAAGCGUUAUCAAUUAAUUUGCAAAUUGUUUAAAGUGCUUUUACUUAACAAACAAAGGUGAAAGAUGCUCAUCACUUUUGUGAACAUUUGCAAGGUUUGGUAAGGAUAAGAAAACAAGAGCAGCCUUUUCCCGCUGUAUAGGAGUUGUUUCUCAAGUGUGUUUUCUUGUUUUUUGUUAUUGUAUAAUAUGUGCUUUUUUUCCUAUCAUAACUAAACAGGCUGAAAAAACUGCCUGCACGAAAUGCAAUACAUCAGCUUUUCUGAUCUGAACACUGUGCUCAUGUACUCUCCUGGUGAUUUUGUCAAGAGACAAUUGGUCUUAAAGAAGUUGUACGUCACUCAUGUUUCCUGUCAAACGUUUGAAUAAACCUGUCUAAGAUGUAACGCAUCCUGGACAUGGGCUCCACCAA